CGUAAAAUAAAUACGUUCUUUGAUGUUAAUGAAUGAAUUCUCAAAUUUUUAUAGUGCACUCUUCGUAGCGUAUAGAGACCUGUUUGCAUCAGAAAUAUUACGAAUUCAUUUAAAAAUACAAAAUGAAUGAAGACAAAGAUAGCGUUGCAAAACUCAUAGUCUACCAGCAAGACUUAAAAUUGGAAGCAGAAUAUAUACAAAAAAUUAUUGCAAAAUUAGAUGCACAAUUAGAUGCUCUAAAAGUAGAGCAACUAAAUAUACAAACUGAAAUUAGAAAAAGAGAAAAUGCCACCUCUGCUAAUGCUUCAACUGAUAGAAAUAUUGUAAUAGAAACUGAACGUAAUCGUAAGCCACAACAUCUUGAUCUCAGUAUACCCAAAUUUGAUUGCAUUGAAGAGGAUGAGGAUUAAUUUUGAUGAAAAUAUUGAUUUACCACAACAGUAUUUACAGAAAUGUUGCUCACUAAGAUAAAACAGUGUAAAUAAAAUUACUCAAUUUUCACUUUUGAUAUUCUGCUUAAGUAAAAAAAUUAUUCCCAAUGUAAGGUAA